GAUGAUGACAUUAUCAUGAUUCAAGAACCAUACAUCAGCAAGCAAGGCAAGUCAAGAGCAACACAAGGAUGGAUAAUGAUAUACCCAACACAUCACAAACAAGACCCUCACCUGAUAAAAACUGUAACUCUUGUCAACCAAUCUCUCUCUACUAAUGCUUGGUCUAGCAUUGCCUUGGACACUCAAGACAUAGUCACAAUGAGCCUACAUGCUCCAACAGAGACAAUCAUUAUUGUCAAUCUCUAU